GGUCAGCGUUUCUAUUUUGUUUGUUAUUUGCUUGUGACAUUACAUCAGUGUGCGAGGCUAGGAGGAGACAAACGGACGAUGAAUUUGGAUCUUAUCUAGUCACGAAAAUGAAGGACGAUGCCAACCUGGACCUGCCCGUGGACGACGAGUAUGAGGACCUUCGCGCUGAGCUUCUAGCUUAUCACUCCGCAUUAGCUUCACUCGCCUCGGGAGUCAGCGCUGAUUCCGGCAGGAGUGGUGACUCCAGGAGAUCCAAUAGCAGAUUGGAAGAAUCUCGAAGAUCGAUGAAAAAUACCGCUUGCUGGAAGUUGGGCGGCGUCUGCGUCGGCAUCAAACUGUGUAAAGGUGAACAAUUCCUGACAGAGGUUCCCGGUUGCAAAAAUAAAUUAGAAGUCUGCUGCUUUGCGUGGAACAAGUAUAGGCUACGCUUCAACGAUAUGCAUAAAAUUGGAAUACCCAAUUCAUAUUAUCCUUGGAGCGACAUCCCCGUUGUCGCAUUCGGAGGAAAAGGUUUGGUGCCGAUAGACUCCCCAAAGAAAACCGAAGGAAACAAGAAGAAGAAGAAGCUUUAUGACAAUUGGAAAAAUUAUGUCCUUGUCAUUGACAAACACGUCGCUGAAAACAUAAAAAAAAAGGCAGAAACACAAAUUUCCCGAUCUCUACCUGAAUCAUCUGCUCCAAGUGCAGUGGCAGUGGUGUUGAAACAAACAUUCUGAGACUGUGUAAUAAUCCCAGUCACUCUUUACACAUUGAAUAUUAUGCAGAAGUAUCGUGCAUUCACAGCGUCCUCUGUUUAUCGGAAAACACGAAUGCAUUUUCAAUUCACGCUUAAUUUACAAAAGCUAUAACUUUCUUGUAUCGUAUUGUAUAAUACAAAUUAAUUAAACAUAUAAAGCGUA